CUGUUUAUAGGCUGCGCAACUUCAACGCCGCCAGGUGUUCAAACAGCCUCUCAUUAAUCAAGUGCAGUGAAAUGAGAGGUGAUUAGUCCAAGGCGGCGCCUUUACAUUCUGGGCUGGUGGACACCUGCUGAUCUCAGCCAUGCGUCAGGAGCUCAUACGGGCUAUUUAUAGGGUUGAGGAUGGUGGUCUGCAGAGUUUGUUGCUCUCGCUUGGUGCACUGAUUUGCACAUUGAGUUCACAUUGCACGUUUAAGUUGUUUCAUAGUGGUGUUUGUGUAUCCUGUGUUUUUGGUCCCAGUCCCUUCACUAAAAAUGGAAGACGUUUCUCAUCCUUCACAAUCGGAUGUUGAGCAACCACAGCCCCCUGUUAAUCACAGUAGACCAUUUUUCUAUGUUCAACCACCAUCUCAGCCUUAUUUCAUGUAUCAGUGGCCUAUGGAUCCAUUUGGACAAUAUGGCUUCCCAGGACCAGCGUUUCCAUUUGGGCGUCCUUCCAUGCCUCCGUAUCCAUUUAUGCAGUACCCUGGUUAUGUGGUCCCACAUGCACCCAUGCAGCCAACGGAUUACAGGAGGAUUACCCCAUUCUUUCCUUCUGUUGCCUCUUAUGAUCUCCGUUUCCGUCAGCACUUCCAGCAGAUGAGCAUGCAUCGAGAGACCACGUCAUCCGAAGCCCAGACGGAGCCUGGAGAUCUGGUUAGUAAACUGAUGGAUGACUUGGAAGGGCUUCAAGCAUGUGACAAGUCUAGAGCCCAAGUCAAGGAACCCAAUGUGAUGGCUUCCUCAACUCCUGCUGUUGUCACAUUCACUCAUGAGGUGGAGAAGAUGAACUACAGGGAGAAUGAGUUAAAUAUGAAGCCUGUUUCUCAGCUUGAUCAGGCAGACCUGGAUGAUUUGGUGAACCCGGUGAUGCUCAGUGACUCUGCUGUAUAUGAUGCAGAGUCGAGCCAGGGCCAGCUAGAGGAGUGUGUGUUGUCAGAUGUGCUGCCUCUUGACAGUUCCUCUGUUCGUGAUGAAAGUCAGAGACGGGGCCAAGAGUACAGACAAGGAGACUUGGAGAUGCCAUGCUUUCAGGAUGAGAAAUCUGGCACCAGUAAUGUUGGCGAUGGAAGCCAUUCAACUGAAGUUCAAGAUUCUGGAGCUCAUACUUCUAAUUGCAAUGGGACCUCUGAUCUAUGUGAGGAUAAGACCUCUAUCCAAAGUGAGAAGGUUGAGAAUUUGUCUCUAGGUUCUGUGGAGGUUACCAAGCCUCUGUUGCAGAUGACUGCAGACUGUGAUCUGCCAUAUCAAAUUCUCCACCUUCCUUGCAAUAAGUCUACCACUGGCUUGUUGCUUCAGAAAGAGGCUGACUCGUUGCUGUACAUGGAUGCUGCAUCUGUGCUGUUGCCUUCUAAAAGAUACACUUUUGGCAGCCCAUACACCCAUAACUACUACCCUCUGGUGGCUCCUGAGCGGCAGAGUGUCCUCAGCCCUUCGUUAGAUGAGCUUUCCUCCAGGGAUGAGAUGUUCUCCACUGAUGUUGAAGAUGAACUAGUAUCUGGGCAAGCCUACAUUGAUGGUGGCAAACUGGCAGAAACCAGUGCUGUUCCCAUUCACUCUAAAAUGGAUCCUGCAGAUAAACCAUGCUCUGUCUGUGCCAAAACAUGUGCCUGCUGUGGAGCAAGCAUUCCAGAUGAAGACCUCAGUCCUGCAGAGGUGUUGGAUCAAGACUGGGACUAUGAGUUGGAGGAAGAUACUGAGGUGCCAAGUACUGGUGAUGCCCAGAAAGCAGUGUUAAGGCAACAUCUAUCCAGGCAUGAAUUAUCACCUUGUGCUGAGGUUUCCAAACACAAAACCAGGAAGGUGCUCGAGGUUUCAGAGCCAAGUGGGCAGGACCAAGACCACAGCAGAGGAGAGUGUGGUGAGCUGCUUCAUCAUGCUACUAAAGGAGACAAGAGUCGAGGCAAAGCUCAGAAGGGUACCCAGUCCAGAUCUUACUCUGAACACUUUCAGAGAGAAGGUCCAGGAGAGAUGACCGACCAAGAGAACUGGACUGGCUGCAGCGGCAAGCAGAGAUCACGAUCCUGCAGGCCAGCCAGCGUUCAAGAAAAAGGCAGACCUUCAAGACGAAGGCCUUCUUGCAAGACCCUUGCUCAGCAGAGGCCAAGGAGAAAUGAAUAUGAUGACCACAAUGAGGCAGAGCUUUCCUACUGCCAAAGGGGUAGAGGAUCAAUGAAGAGAAGAGGCACAAGAUACUAAGUGAUGAGCACUGCUAUAAUACUUGAGUGUAUUACCUAAUAUUAGCACUCUUGCACUAUGGAAUACACAAGCAUGUUAUAAUAAAUAAACGAGCACUGGUAUUUAUGUGAAUAAGGGGUAAUACUGAAAUGAAUGCCUUGCUGCAGAUGACUGCAUUUCCAAUGCUCACACUGUUAUUUUGAGUGCUGUGCACUCAUCUUAAUCCUGCUGAAGGAUGACUUCCCUGGACCAUUCCUUGACGUGCUAGACUCAUUCCUGUGUGCUUAUGGCUGGAUCUGGGAGGUGUGGAUCGAGCCUGUUCACUGCUGCCUUUGCUUGUCAAGGUCUGCUUCAUUGAACCCGUUCUCAGAAUAUGUUUCGAAGGCUGGGCAUUAGAAAUGCAGCAGGAAACUUAAAACUUGGCUAAUUGUAUCGGCAGUCUGGCUGAGCCUAGCCCAGACUUGUCAUUUUAUUAUUGUAGUGUGACCGGUUUUAAACCUGUAAUGCAGUGUAAUGUUGAUGUACAGAUGUGUUGACUUGCACAGUG